GAAACAUAGUAUUUGGCUGAAUUUUCGUGUCUAGAAAAAAGAACUAAAAUUUAGCAAGUCAUAUGAAUGUGUACCAAACAUUGAGCCUGGUGUAAAAACUUCAGUGAGAAUUACUGCAAACGAAUACGUUUAUAAGAUUCAGAAAGAAAAGAAAAAGGAUAUAGUACAUAUAUAUUACAAACGAACUUCUUAAUUUGAAUUCACCACAUCUACAAAUGAACAAUAAAUUUUCAUAGAUACUAAAAAGUUGUAAACACGACUUGAGUCAUUCGAAGAUCACGUGAUUAUCAGACCGCUGGAUUCGCUAGCCAACAUGGAUCCCGACUGUUUUGCAAUGUCUUCUUAUCAGUUUGUUAAUUCGCUCGCUUCUUGUUACCCGCAACAAAUGAAUCCGCAGCAAAAUCAUGCAGGGAAUCCCAGUGGAGGUACCAAUGCUGCCACUAGCAAUGGAGGUCCAGGUGCGGGCGGUGGAGGCGGUUCUGGCGGGCAAGGCAACUCAGGUCCUGGCACUCCCGGUGGCAACGAUUAUUUUCCAACUGCUGCCGCCUAUUCACCAAACCUGUACCCCAACACACCGCAAGCGCAUUACGCCAACCAAACGGCCUAUAGCUUAGGCGGAGGUGGUGGCGGCGGCCAACAGAAUCCCGAUAUGGUGGAUUACACUCAAUUGCAGCCGCAACGACUACUCCUACAACAACAACAACAUGCACAUGCGACGGCGCAACAUGCCGCUCAACAACAACAACAACCGCAUCCGCAACAACACCCGCAACAGCAACCAACACCACAACAGACCAACAUUAGUUGUAAAUACUCCAAUGAACCCUCAACGCCAACCGGCAACAAUAACAACACUAACGCCAGCAACAACAAUACUAACACACAAUCUCUAGCCAGUCCACAAGAUCUGUCAACGCGAGAAAUCUCACCGAAACUGUCACCCACCUCAGUAGUGGAGAGUGUGGCAAGGUCGCUGAACAAAGGCGUACUGGGUGGCAAUCUAGCAGUGGCGGCAGCUGCAGCUAAUAUAACAAACAAUCAUAGCGGGGGUGGUGGUGGGGUCGGUAAUACUGGCGUGAAUGUCAACGUCAAUGUAAACGUGCCAAUGCACAGUCCUGGUGGUGGUGACUCCGAUUCGGAAAGUGAUAGCGGUAACGAGGCUGGCAGUAGUCAGAAUAGUGGCAAUUGCAAGAAGAAUCCGCCACAGAUCUAUCCGUGGAUGAAAAGGGUACAUUUAGGACAAAGUACUGUAAAUGCCAAUGGUGAGACGAAACGACAACGGACCUCAUAUACUCGAUAUCAAACGUUAGAACUAGAGAAAGAAUUCCACUUUAAUCGCUACCUGACCCGCCGAAGACGCAUCGAAAUUGCACACGCGCUCUGCCUCACCGAACGACAGAUAAAGAUCUGGUUCCAGAAUCGACGUAUGAAAUGGAAAAAGGAGCACAAAAUGGCAUCCAUGAACAUCGUACCAUAUCACAUGGGUCCCUAUGGCCAUCCAUACCAUCAAUUCGAUAUUCAUCCGUCACAAUUUGCUCAUUUGAGUGCAUAGGACGCGUGGCACUUUUCGGGUACUGGUUAGAGACUCAAUCAGUUGUAUCAGGAACCAUAUCAGGCGGCGGCAGCGGCCAGCGUAGCAGCAGGCGGCUAUCAGACACAAAACGCACAAGAUGCCGGCAUGUCGCUGGGCGGCGGUGCCGGUGUCGGUGUUGGUGUAGGAGUCGGUGCGGGCGGCGGAAAUUCGCUGUUCGCUUCCGCGGCUGCCUCCAAUGCUGAGUGUGUCAAAUAUCCGCAAGAGUUCUGAUCUCAAAUUAUCUUUAGAGAACAUCAACAGCAAUUGCAGCAACAACAAGAACAUCAAAUACAACAUCAACAUGAGCAAUACCAACAGCAACAGCAUUCGCAACUACACCAAUACCCGCCUCACCAUCAUAGCCAGCAUAGCCUACAGCUGGAACGAAUUCCCGAACUGCCACUCUGUGGAGAGAAAGAUUUAUGUGAAGACACAGAGACGACAGAACUAGAGUUCAAGGACGAAAUUGUUGGUGGUUGUAACAUGUAUUGCUGCUGAGAGAUGCUAAUGUUGCUGUUGCAAUAAAGCUGUGGAUGCUUCCGAGGUUGCUGCUACUGCUGCUGCUAGCGACAGCUGACCAAAUUAACAACGAUGAUAAUUUCUGAAUGCAACUGAUUUGUGUUAAGCAAGCAACGAGCCUUCAAAUGAAUAUGAAUGGAGCUCUCGUGAAGGGUUUGUGCCUAUCGCCGACUCCUCCGAAAGCAGCUCGUGCAGGUUUAUGAUACUGGUCAGUAAUGAAGAAUUCCAACAAGAUUUUUGAUUACUUUGGAAACUUGUGAAUCCUCCAUAAUGUGUAUAUAUUGUACCUCAAAUGAAAUGAGAGAGCUUCGAAUUGGAGCUUUUGCAUUUCAUUCCCUUUUCGUGGAAAUACGAAAACCGUCCAGUAUGAUAAACCGCUAUAUUCUCUAAGCAGUAUUCGAAAAGCCAUUAGAUGUAAGAAAACACACAGCACUGCCCUCAGCUCACAAGCUCGGCAGUUUAGUACAAUAGAAAUUCAAAUUUCGAUAGUGAUAUAAUUUCAAACCAAUUGUUUAAAAAUAUUUUUAUUUUAUUUCCGUAAAUCUCAUACGGACAGUAACACGGAUGAGAAAAAUAAGGAAAAUGACGAACGAGUUUGUUAGCGAUGGCAAUGCUGUGUUAGUAUAAUUGUAGUUUAAUCUGGUAUUAUGUAGAGAGAUACAACAGUGCUUCUCAAACUGGGCGCAAAUUUUUUAAAGGUUUGCGGUAACACUCAACCAGUUGCUCUCAAAUAUCACCUACACUCAGUGCUCUCAAACUGUGCAUCAGUUUUAAAUUUUCUGUAUGUAACUCAUGUCUUGAACCAUUGUGAACAUUGGCAGAGAACGUCUACUCGUAUUGGGAAAUUGGGAAGUCGACGACGUCUCUGUCAAAUGAUGUUUGCAAAUUGUGGCGAAGUACUUAAUUUGGUUUAUUGGUUGAUUAUGUUUAUGAAUAAUUACUAAUAUAAAUUUGUUAUUGUAUUUCAGCAGUUUGUAUUUUUGCACUGAAAAAUUUUGUGUACAUAUGUAUUUAAAAUAUCUGUUCAACUUUUUAUGUAUGUAUGUAUGUAGUUUUAAUUGUUUUUGUUGACACUGAAUUUUUAAGAAUUUCCGCAAAAAGAAUUAAGAAUUUGUAGCAAAAUUCGCAAUGAAAAUUAAAAAUCAUGUUAUUUUAGAAGGUUUAUAAAAGUAAAAUAACUAAAUUUUAUAAACAAAACAAAACUGAAAACAAAUUCGGGGAAAACAGGACAUUUCUGAGAUUUCUUUAGUAAUUAGUCAGACAAAGUGAAGGGAGUCGGAUUCGAAAAAACUUCUUAAAUAUAUACAUACAGAUGUACAUGCAUGUUUUUCAUAAUAUUUCUGAUGCUAUUCUUUUCUUAAGAAUCUACAAAUGUAUGCAUGUAUGUAUGGAAAAUUUAUGAAAUUGCGAUAUCCCACUCUACUUAUAAUCUACAAUUAGUUUUAAUUAAAUAAUUUUAUUGAGAAUUUCACAUUUCAUUUUUUGUGUUUUUUUUUUUAUUAUAUACGUUUGUAUGUAAGUAGGCUGCUAUUUUUAUUCCCUGUUGUUGUAAAGGUUAGUGCAUUCUUAUCAGUCUAGACUAAGCAAAUCUGAAACAAUUGGAAAAGAUUGUUUUAAUUAUAAAUAAAUUAGUUCAAAAAUAAUUGAUGCCCGAAAUAAUAUAAAUCAUUUUAGAACAAAUUAUUUUUAUUACAAUUUUUUUAUUUAUACAAUAAUUUCGAUUUAAUUGUGUUUACAAAAACUGAACUAGUUCCGUAAGAGAUUUGCAAUAUCAGUAUAAAUAAUGAUGAUCAAGGCAAUGUAAGAUGCCUAAGGGAGAUCUUAAAAAGUAUCAUAUAUAAAUACCAACCCAAUUUAUAUAUGUAUGUAAGUAAGAAUGCUGCAUUCCAUGUAAAGAAAAUUAAAUGUAAUAGUUAAAGAAUAAAACCUAUUCAAAAACGUCAUCUACUGUUUUUAAGCGGAGAAAUAUUGAAUACAAUUUCAAUGGAAAAAUUAGCAAAGUAAAUGCAAUUUAUAUAUAUACACACAUAAUGUGAAAUAUGUAUGUAGAUGAAAUCAGUUGCUCCGGAUCUAGUGCGCAAUAUUAAUUAGAAUACGGUAUAAUAUUGUAAGAUUAUUGUAACGCAUUAGAUAACUAAACCCAACAUAGAUUUAAAAAAAUUCAAAAAGAACAAAAUCAAUAAACUAUUUAAAAAAUUUUAAA